ACAGCAGUUGAUACACAUGUACAAACACCAAAUAGAAUAGAGAAUAUUUUUAAACAGAUCUUUCAAUCCUGAGGGUAUAAACAUGUAUGACACGUGAUUGGAUCCAAAAUGGAGAACUUGUAAUGUCUGCCUGUUUCAUUUCUCCAAUCUUUAUACAUAGUUACAGUUAUACCGGAGCAGUUUUAAGACUUUGUAGAUCUUUUUUUUUAUCAAUUACAUCAUCUUGGUAAUCAUCGUUUCCUGAUAGUUUGUUGUUGGUGGACAGCAGGAUGUUUUUUUUGUAAAGUUGACUGUUGAUCUCGCGGUAUCAGACCAGACAGACCUAGGCCGCGAUUCUAGUCCUGUAAUGUAUUACAGUGUGGAUAAGGCCAUUGCAUAUGAUGCGCCUUACAUGUUAUAGAAUUUGGUGCAUAUAUUGGCGAUCGGGGUCAAUGACAGUGGAGGCCAUGUGAAUAUUUAAGAAUUUUAUUUGUGUGAUUUGUGAUUUCACGCUAGGUAGCUCCUCGGUACCUGUGACUGGACAGCGUAAUUGCUACAUGUAGACCUGGAUUUCUUUGAUGUUGGGUGCAUUUGACAAUGCACCAGUUCAAAUGAACCAGUAUUAUUCACAGAUGAGAAAAUGUGCACUACCUGUACAGAGGCAGCAUUUGUAAGCCGGCCCCCCGAUGACAGUGUACCGUCGCCAUUCCUGGCCGUUGUGUUGGGCUGUGCAGUGUGUGCAGCACCAUGUACAAUGUGAUAUAUAUGCCAUUACUCCAAGCGACAGUACCAUAUAAUCUAACAUGCAGACAUACUGGGUCUCCGCUAAGUACAGCACACAAUGUUUUUUUAUGUAUGUGCAACUGCGCAUGUGCAACGUCUUCGUAUGAAUACAUUUUGUGCAUAGAGGGUUUGAGGUCAAGAUAAGAAUGCUGCACAACGAAUGGUUAAAAAACUCAUCCAAUGUGUCGUCUUUGUUGCUGUAUCUGCAAGGAGUUAUAUGUUUCGACAUACCCGUGCUUAUCAACUAUGGCUACCGGUACCAGUCAUGUUUUAUAGGAGCCAAUGAAUGCAAGGGAAUGCUACUCAUAUACCUUCUAACUUCCUCUGAGCCUGUACACAUUUAGAACUUGCCGUGUACGUACCUUGGUUGAAGUUUCGCUAUACUUUAUUUACGUGAAACCUUGUGGAAUAUUUGUAUUAGGAGAUGAAUUUUGACGAUAAGACGUCAUACUGCAUGUUGAAUGCUUGAACAAAGUCUGGUUUAUACUGAUCCGGAGGUGGCUCCAAGCACCAUGCAUCAGGCACCAUGGUUGUGUUACCGCGGAGCGGCCUCCAGAUUUCUACACACAUAUUUCAAAGGCAACAUCAACCCAGAGACCAUGAAUAAUCAUGAGCCGGGUGGGUACCGUCAUGGUAGCACAGGAAGUACAGGCAGUUACCGUAGCAGCACCGGCAGUGUUAGUAACCCAUCAACACCCACCAACACGCCCCUGGUCAUCCCCCAACCGGUCAAACCACCCAUUAAGUCAGGGAAAACAUACCCCUGUAAGAUGUGUGAUCAGUUACCCCAUUCAAAGCAAACGUUCUGCAGCCAUUGCCCAGAUCCUUUGGUAGAGAAUCCUAUACAGGUGUUUACGACCAAGUCGGACAUGUUGAUUCACUCCCAGCAAAUCCACAAGCAGGACCCCAAGCCCUAUCACUGCCCUGUUUGCCAGAAAUGCUUUGCCAAUUCCUCCUAUCUGUCGCAGCAUAACAGAAUCCAUGCGGGAAUUCGUCCGUACAAAUGCGAGAUCUGUGAACGCAAGUUCACACAGUUGUCCCAUCUUCAGCAGCACAUACGUACACACACCGGGGAAAAACCAUACAAGUGUAUGCACCCCGGGUGUGGCAAGGCCUUCUCGCAACUCUCCAAUCUCCAGUCGCACUCCCGCUCACAUAUGACUGACAAGCCUUUCCGUUGUAACUCAUGCUACAAGUGUUACUCCGACGAGCAAGGCCUGCGCGAUCACAUACCCAAGCAUUCGGAGACCAAACAUUUGAAGACGCACAUUUGUAGGAUAUGUGGUAAGUCGUACACGCAGGAGACAUACCUGACACGACACAUGGGAAAACACUCGCAGGACAAUAUGAAUAUGAACAAGCUAGUUCCACCGCGACCAAUCAAGCAAGAACCAAAUGAUCAUUCCAAUGGGCAGGAUUUCAGCAUGAACAGGCUUCCGGAUCGAUCUCAAGAUGGAGGUGUGACCCCAUGUGGGAAGGGAUCGUCAGCAUUCAUGCCUAUUCCACAGUUUGGUGGUAAUGUGCCCAUGAGUACAGCUAACUCUAACUACCAUUAUGGUUCUGGGUUGCCAAGCAAUUCUUUGAGCCCCUCCCUACCACAUAUUUCCUCUAUGGCCUCCCGUAGCUACUUUCCUUAUGAUCCUCUGGGUGGUUUCCGCAAAGCGGACGCUCAGGAGCGAAAUCUCAAUGCAACGAUGACCCGCCACGACAGCAUGCUGGCCAACAGUUUGCUCAGUCUACAGCAUAUAAAGAACUACGCAUCUCAGCAGAUGCCUUCAUUCAGCCCCACGUGUUCUGGGGGCGGAGCCAGACUCACUUGAGAACAAUGGUCUAUAGCAUAGGUCAAAUGUCAAUUGAAUGAUAUUAUCAUUUGUUGUUACUUUUUAGGGUUUAUUAGGGUCAAAGUUCAGUGGAAUGAUAUUAUCAUUGAUUUGUUACUUAAUUAAGAGUUCAUUUAUAGGUCAAAGUUCAAUUGAAUGAUAUUAUCAUUGAUUUGUUACAUAAUUAUAGAGGUCGUCAGUUAUAGGUCAAAGUUCAAUGGAAUGAUAUUAUCAUUGAUUUGUUAAUUGUAGAUGUGAUGUGAAGUUCAACACACAAACAAGAAAAGUGUAAAAAAAAAAAUAAUACUUUAAUAACUUCUAUGAUUUUGAACCAUGUAAUGGGUCAUUUUGUAUUAUUUUUUCUUUUCAUCAUGUUAUUUUAAUCAUAAGUCCAGUCUGACGUCCACUGAUAUGGCCGACGACAAGUUCUGUGGAAGAGGAACAUGGAUCUUUACAAUGGCUGACUCUCAAUACAUGGACCCUAGUCUUCAUUAAUUCUCGUAGUGUGCAGAACAUAUUUACAGAUUUUUUUUCCCUUUCCUUUGUCCUCAAAGGAGAUGUUAUUGGGUUGUGUGGUGUUUUUUUCCUUAGAACUUUAGGGCAAAGAGUAUAUUCUAUACUUAAGUGUACACAACAUUGUAACUGGAUGUCACAUAUAAUGUACAAUUCUGGUGUGUACCGUACUAUGUAGUGUAUAUUAAUGUAUUUGUUAUGAAAUAUGCUCAAUAAUGAAUUGUUUUUGUAUAAAUUGAUAUAAAUUUUGAUCAGAUCAUGCAUUAUGCUAUCACCCUUUCAUAAAGAAAACUUUGGAAUAGUUUUAAAGUAUGUUUUCUUUGAUAUGUUUGAAACAUUUUUUUCUCUCUCAGAUACCUGAUACUAUUGUUAAAAUGAAAUCAAAGUGUAAAACAGUUGGAAAAAAAACAAUCAUUUUUAAAUGCCUUAUAGUGACUGUUUAUGAAUGGCAUCACUCCAAGGUUUAUUUUCGUUGACCAACAUUCCUUGAAAGGCUACUGGAUUGCUGAUUAAAGGGAAAUAACUCCACAAGUACAGAAAAUAUAUGCAAUGCUUAAACCAAUGCUCAAACCUUCAUUAAUUCUUUUAAGUUAAUUCAUGUACGGUACCAAAAAGGAUGUUCUCUUAACAUAUUCCUUAAUCUGAAAAAAAAUCCAUGUUUAUCAAAAUGUUUGAAUUGAAAUUAUAAAGAAAUGAAAAGUCUUGCUGAUGUACAGUACAUUUGUAUACAUGUACAACAAGUAUUUCUAAUUUGUGACUCGGCACAUACCACAGUGUCAUAGUUUCUGACUUAUAACAAUAAAAGAUAAUAAGUUUAACAAAUUUAAAUCAAUUAUUUAUUUUACAACCAUAAAAAUUACAAAUAUCAAUCAACCAAGACAAAAUUAGUAUUUUGUGGUAUGAACUAUUUUUGUGUUGAUCAGAAAAAGGAAGCAAAAAUGGUAGCAUUCAUUGUGUAUAACACAUUUGUUUUUAUUUUAUAUAAACAGCUCAAAGAGUUCAAUUUUUGCACAAACUUUUCAGAGAUGUUGAAUUGGUCAAAUUUGUUGAUGAGAUCAAUGUUGAAUAAUUUUCAGAUCAUGUUCUCGUCAUCUAGAAUAUCUUUUCAAAAGAUACAUUAGUUAUUAAAAAAAAUCAUUUGAAAAUUGAAAAAGAGCAAUUUGUAUUAUCAUUGUGUACAAUUGAUUUUUUUAAUGAAUGUGUAUUGUUAGAUUUGAAAUUGGGGCGAGGUUACUAGAGUAGAUUUUACUAUAUUAAUCCAUUCACCCCUUAAGACACAUUUGAACUCUUCCAAUUCAAAAGUUGGCAUAGUUCAUUAGAAAAUUUAAGGGGUGAAUGAUUUAACUUAAGCCAUGCAAAUGCACAGGUUUUUUUAUAUAUAAACCAGCACAAACUACCAACCAAUGGUAAUGGUUUACUAUGUAUUAUCCUUAGAAAAACACUCCUGAAUCACUGUCCAGUUUUUUUAAUUCCCUUGCUCAGAAGAAUUUGAUGUUAUUGUUCAAAAUUAUGUAUCAUCAUAAUUGUCAUUUUCAUUCUUAAAGAUGUUUUGUUAUGAAUUUUUUAUCAUCAUAAUAUACAAUGUCAUUGUCCAUUUAUGAUCAUGUUAAAUUUUUGCAUAAAUAGUAAUGUUAUAAAAAUCAUCCUUAUCACUUUUCAAACCAUCCAGUGUCUUCCGCUUUGUUGGUUACCCAAACUAAUAAAUAAUUUAAAAUCUAAAUACAAAUUUCAUUUGUGGCACUCCUUUCAACAUAAGUUCUUCAUUUUGCAUAACACAUGUAAGAUAAGUGUACCUGUGAAAUGAAUCAUGGUCCAAAUGAUUUUGUAAAAAUAUGGAACUUCUGGGGGAAAAAAGUGAUAGAAAAAUAUACAUUUGUAUGUUCUAUACAGCGUUAACACAUUUCAACAAUUAUAUGGCUGGAGUACCAAGCUUAUUAGCUUAUGAAGAUUUUGGCUAAAUUGAUAUUCUUGGGAUUAUUAAUAAAAAAAAUCCUUUAUAUGCAUUAAAGAUCUUAGGUAAUUUUUUACUUGACCCUUGUCUGAAAUACAUAUAAAAGGGGGUGGGCUUAAUAACAAGCAACUCGGCUGAUCCUAGAUACAGAAUACUAAAACACGGAUACUGGAUGGUUGGUAUUUUUCAUUUCUGUUCAUGGCUCUUUACUCAUGACUAAAUUGGUUAUAAGACUAACCACUUGUCGAUGUAUAUAUAUGUAUAAAACACUUUGAUGUUACUAUGAAUUAAAUUCAUCUGUAUAUUGAGAUUUCCGUAUUUAGAAUGUGAUUAACAUGAUAUAUAUAUAUAUAUAUAUAUAGGCAGACGAAUAGCAAGUUUUUGGUUUGAGAAAUCUUGCAUAAAUAUCUUUGUACCAAAGGUGCUAAAAAUAGUCGAGAGAAAACAUAUCAUGUUGUAGAAUAUUUUAGAGUUACAUCCCCUUGUUGCCUGGCUGCCAGAAUUUAAACAGGUUUGUUAUGUUAAAGAGUAUUGAUGAGGUUGAUACAAUGUUUUGACAUGCGAUUGAGACAAUCUGUUAUAAUGGGCUUGUUUUGAUUCCUAAUUUGGCAAAUUUAAAUAUAAAACAAAAAUUGCACUACAGAAAGGCUAUCUGAUACUCCCUUGGAGGAAAAAGUUCUUUCUUUGAUAAAUUCUGUUAAAACUUAGACUGUCUGAAACAUUAUUAUUUAUAAUCAACCAUUAUUUAGCUUCAGAUUUUGAGAAGAUUUUUUUGAACCUGUAAUAUGCAAGAUAAAAAUUCAAGGGGAAAAUGACCCAUCCUACUUUGGCAGAAAUACCCUGGGGUAAAAUUGCAAAGAAGUAAGAUGGCAGUUUUGUAUCAUUUAUCGAGAUGAAAAUUACGGAAAUUUUAAAUAUUUUUUAAAGAGGUCCCAGACAACAAGGUGUGACUCGCCAUUAGUUUAGACAUGUCCCUUAGGUCAAUCACCAACCAGACAACAGUUAAAAAUAUCAAAACUAUAUCAGAUCUGUUGUUAUGUGUAUACAAUAUGUUGGAUUAGUUGCACAGUCCAAUUCCUUCAAAGACUUCAGAAAAUUAGAGGUUUCGUUACCAAAUCAAACUUAAUGAGAUACGAUAGAGAUGGCAAAUUCCUUUAGACAAAAAAAA